CGCGACGCUCCAGACGGAAGCGGAAAUGUCGGUGGAGCGCGAGUAGGAAGUGGUGAUCCCUGGAGUGGAGAUGGCGGCGCUUGCUCCGCUACCCCCACUCCCCCCACAAUUUAAGAGCAUACAGCAUCAUCUGAGGACGGCUCAGGAGCAUGACAAGCGGGACCCUGUGGUGGCCUAUUACUGUCGUUUAUAUUCGAUGCAAACUGGAAUGAAGAUUGAUAGUAAAACUCCUGAAUGUCGUAAAUUUUUAUCAAAGCUAAUGGAUCAGUUAGAAGCUCUUAAGAAACAGUUGGGUGAUAAUGAAGCUGUCACUCAAGAAAUAGUUGGUUGUGCCCAUUUGGAGAAUUAUGCACUGAAAAUGUUUUUGUAUGCAGAUAAUGAAGAUCGAGCUGGGCGAUUUCAUAAAAACAUGAUUAAGUCCUUCUAUACUGCAAGUCUUUUAAUAGAUGUCAUAACAGUGUUUGGAGAGCUCACGGAUGAAGUAAGUUCACAUUCUUUAUUGUUUUAUAUCUGCAGAUCAAUAUUGCUACUGUUUAAUCAGUUUUGUUACUGCUUUGCUUAAAGCCUCAUGUCACAUUUUAGAAUGUAAAAAUACUCCCUGUUGGCGCAAGGGGUUAAGAUGCAACCUAUGAAGCAGUCCUCAGCCACUGCAGCAGGAGUUGGAUUCCCGGCCAGCCAGGGAGCCACCCACAUGGCGCAGCAGACCUCUCCUAUCUCGCCUGCUACUCCCCUCAGCAGUGUAUGUCAGUCAAAUCUGCCUGUUCUAUUCCCCACUCUGUCUCUAGUGAAUCCUCUCACCCCACCCCCCACACCUCUGGCCUGUACCCCAGCUCUUGUAUGCAUAAAUAAAUAAAUCC